UCCAAAAAAAAACCAACAAAAUGUAUAACGGUAUUGGAUUAACUACUCCUCGAGGAUCUGGCACAAACGGUUAUGUUGUUCGAAACCUGUCGUUUGUUAAACCACCACCUACCGAUCGCAAUAAAAAGUUUGAAGAUUUUUCAGAUACACCUAAACAGAGGAAAGCAAAUGAAGCUAUUCUAGAACAUGAUCGCAAACGUAAAAUUGAAGUGAAAUGUAUGGAAUAUCGAGUUCAGUUAGAAGAUGAAGAGCUUGAAGAAGAUAUUAUUGAAGAAAAAGUACAAGAAUUUAGAGAAAAGUUAUUAAAAGAAAAAGUGGCAGAAACUGAUGCUAAAGAUCUAAAAGAACAUGAUACCCAUCAAAUUGCAGCAGCCAAAGAAAAAGCCAAUGAAAAGAUGAAGCGAGCACUAAGGAUUGAUAAAGGUUAUGUUGAAGGAGCGGCAUUUGAUCAGGAGCUUCAGGAGAAGUUACGGGAAGAGAGACGAGCGAAAAAGGCCCGAUUAGCAGAAAGUAACAACAGUAAAAGAAGGAGAAGUACCAGUAGCGAUAGCAACGAAAAACGAAGACGCAGAGAUUAACGAUAUCAAAAUACAACCAUGAUAAAUAGUAGUUUUCAAUAUAAUACAGCAGAGUACAUUGUCAUAUUUUGUACGAUUUGAAGCCUUGACUUUAAUUAAAUUGAAGUUAGUGGCUUUAGUGAAUUGUAAAACAUAAUAUCUUAUACGUUUUUGACAAUGAAUAGAGCCUAUGGUGAUAUUGUUGAUGCCUUCACUCACGUUCAUUGAGAGUGGAAAUAAGAGACUCUCUUUCAAUGUCAAUUUGAUCAGUAACUGCUUGUAAUAUUGAUGUUAUAUCUGCUGCUCUUACGUAUAUAAUGAGCAAUCUUAAAACAAAGGCAUGCGUUCGUUUUUUCAAUUCUGCUC